ACUGGUGGAACACUGGAAGUUCUCUCUCUCCGAAAACUGCCAUGGCCACGGUGGCCCAGUCCCUCCUCUUCCUCGUCUCUCUCCAAUGCCUCCUCACACUCUCUUUCGCCGCCGACACCGCCGCCAGGAAGACCUACAUCGUCCACAUGAACCACCAUGACAAGCCCUCUCUCUUCCCCACCCCCCACGACUGGUACCUCUCCCACCUCCUCUCUCUCUCCUCCUCCUCCUCCUCCCCCACGCUCCUCUACUCCUACACCGCCGCCUACCCCGGGUUCGCCGCCUCCCUCGACCCCUCCCAGGCCGCCUCCCUCCGCCUCUCCCCCUCCGUCCUCGGCUUCUACGAGGACACCCUCUACUCCCUCCACACCACCCGCACCCCCGAGUUCCUCGGCCUUUCUACCGAGCUCAACACCCGCGAUCCGAACCCGGACCCUAAUGCCGCUGACGUCAUAAUCGGAGUCCUCGACACAGGCGUCUGGCCCGAGUCCAGGAGCUUCGACGACUCGGGCAUGCCCGAUGUCCCCGCCCGGUGGCGCGGCGAGUGCGAGUCGGGCCCCGACUUCGACCCGAGCCUCUGCAACAAGAAGCUUAUUGGGGCUCGCUCUUUCUCCAGAGGCUAUCACAUGGCCUCAGGUGGCGGUUUCUUGAAGAACCCGAAAGAAACGGACUCGCCCCGAGAUCAAGACGGGCACGGGACCCACACCGCGACCACGGCAGCCGGGUCGCGCGUGGCGAAUGCGAGCCUCCUCGGCUACGCCAGCGGGACGGCGCGUGGGAUGGCCAUGCGGGCCAGGGUGGCCUCCUACAAGGUCUGCUGGAGCAAUGGCUGUUUCGGGUCAGACAUCCUUGCCGGCAUGGACCGAGCCAUGCUGGACGGCGUCGAUGUCCUCUCGCUGUCCCUUGGCGGCGGGUCCGCACCGUACUAUCGCGACACCAUUGCCAUCGGUUCAUUCGCUGCCGUGGAGAGAGGCAUCUUCGUCUCCUGCUCCGCCGGCAACGCUGGGCCAACGCGGGCUUCGCUUGCCAACGUGGCACCAUGGAUUAUGACCGUCGGCGCUGGCACUCUGGACCGGGACUUCCCUGCUUACGCCGUUCUCGGCAACAAGAACCGGUUCACUGGCGUGUCGCUUUACAGCGGACCGGGAAUGGGGAGUGAACCGGCUGGUCUGGUCUAUGACAAGGGGUCCGAUGGCUCGGGCAACUUGUGCCUGCCCGGUUCACUUCAACCGGACUUGGUGCGCGGGAAGGUGGUGGUGUGCGAUAGGGGAACCAACGCCCGCGUCGAGAAGGGCGCAGUCGUACGUGCUGCGGGUGGGGUUGGAAUGAUCCUCGCGAACACGGCGGCGAGUGGCGAGGAACUGGUGGCCGACAGUCACCUGCUGCCUGCCAUGGCCGUGGGGAGGAAGGUGGGGGAUCUGAUCAGGGAGUACGCGAGCAGCGACCCAAAUCCGACGGCCGCAGUUGGCUUCGGAGGGACCGUGUUGGGCAUACAGCCGUCACCGGUGGUGGCGGCAUUCAGCUCGAGAGGCCCCAAUCUGGUGACGCCGCAGAUACUGAAGCCCGACGUGAUCGGCCCGGGAGUCAACAUACUGGCGGCCUGGUCCGGGGCGGUGGGGCCCACAGGGCUGGAGAGAGAUACGAGGAAGACCCAGUUCAACAUCAUGUCAGGCACGUCCAUGUCGUGCCCUCACAUUAGCGGCCUCGCUGCGCUCCUCAAAGCCGCCCACCCGAACUGGAGCCCGAGCGCGAUGAAGUCCGCGCUCAUGACCACUGCCUACACUCGCGACAACACCAAUUCUUCCCUCCGCGAUGCUGCCGGAGGCACUUAUUCCAACCCUUGGGCGCACGGUUCGGGACACGUCGACCCCCAGAAAGCCCUCUCCCCUGGCCUGGUGUACGAUAUCUCGACCGACGACUAUGUCGCCUUCCUCUGCUCGCUGGAUUACACCCUCGAUCAAGUGAGAGCGGUGGCCAAGCGCCCCAACGUCACAUGCUCGCGUAAGUUCGCGGACCCCGGCCAGCUGAACUAUCCAUCCUUCUCGGUCUUGUUCAGGAGCGAGAGGGCCGUGAGGUACACGCGCGAGCUGACCAAUGUCGGGGCUGCAGGGUCGGUUUACGAAGUCACAGUGACGGGGCCAUCGGCUGUGGAAGUGACGGUGAAGCCCGCAAAGCUGGCGUUCGCUAACGUCGGGGACAAGAUGAGUUACACGGUGACCUUCGUGCCCAAGAAAGGCACAAGGAGUGAGACAGCUGGGUCGGAUUUCGGUAGCAUCGUCUGGAGCGACGCUCGAAAUGAAGUCCGGAGCCCGGUCGCUUACGCAUGGACCCAGAUCGAAUGAGGGGUUGGCUGAUGUUCGAGGUUGCUUCAGGCUCUGCUUCGGCCCUGAAUCAGCUGAAGCAUUGUGGUUGAUUGGCAAGCGACGUUGGUGAGGGACAGAGUGUGAGAUUUGUGCUUGUGUGACUGUGAAAGUAAUGUGGUAGACUGAAUUUGUAAAGCAUCCAGAAGGAAUUCUCUCAUCAAGAAGAGAGUAUCAAGAGACAACAGUGUUAAUUAAUCACGAUACUUAAGAAACUAA